AAACAAUGGCUGAAACGCCCCCCAGAUUUACAACCAUCUCUUGAGCGCAUGAAGAUUGAGCCGCCCUCGCAAUCUGUUCAUGAAAUCCAAAAUCCGGCAGUACAAGCUCCCACUGCUAGCGAAUCUCAAGUGUUUCAUACCACACAGCAAACUGAACAAAUUGUUAAUCCGAGUAUGCCCAUGAAAUCUGAGGCCGGUGUUAAGAUUGAAAAAGAAGUGGAUCCGGCUAAAGAGGAAUCCAACUCAUUACCUGCCGAUGAUAAUGCAGGUUCUGGGAAGCCAAAAAUUAAAGGAGUAUCACUGACUGAAUUGUUCACACCUGAGCAAGUUCGGCAGCAUAUAAUAGGUCUCAGGCAGUGGGUUGGCCAUAGCAAAGCAAAAGCAGUAAAAAAUCAAGCGAUGGAACAAUCAAUGAGUGAAAAUUCUUGUCAGUUAUGUGCAGUUGAGAAGCUCACUUUUGAACCACCACCUAUAUAUUGCACCCCAUGUGGCGCUCGCAUUAAAAGAAAUGCAAUGUACUGCACAAUUGGAACUGGUGAUACUCGGCAUUACAUCUGUAUUCCUUGCUACAACGAGGCUCGUGGAGACACCAUCAUAGCCGAUGGAACAGCUAUCGCCAAAGCAAGGCAUGAGAAGAAGAAAUAUGAUGAGGAGACUGAAGAAUGGAUACAUAACUGGGUUCAAUGUGACAAAUGUGAAGCUUGGCAACACCAAAUUUGUGCAUUGUUUAAUGGUAGAAGAAAUGAUGGUGGACAAGCCGAGUAUACUUGCCUAAAUUGCUAUGUAGCAGAAGUUGAAAGAGGGGAGCGCAAGCCAUUACCACAAAGUGCUGUCCUUGGAGCAAAAGAUCUACCAAGAACCAGUUUGAGUGAUCACAUUGAGAUGCGGUUAGCAAGGCGACUAAAACACGAAAGACAAGAGAGAGCAAGUGUUCAAGGAAAGAGUAUUGAUGAGGUUCCUCGAGCAGAAGGACUUGUUGUAGGAGUAGUUUCAUCUGUGGACAAAAAGUUGGAUGUAAAGCCACAGUUUCUUGAGAUUUUCCAAGAGGAAAACUAUCCAUUGGAAUUUCCAUACAAGUCCAAGGUAUUACUCUUGUUCCAAAAGAUUGAAGGGGUAGAAGUAUGUUUAUUUGGCAUGUAUGUUCAAGAAUUCGGAUCAGAAUGCCAGCAACCAAAUCAUCGGCGUGUUUAUCUUUCAUAUCUGGAUACGAUUAAAUAUUUCAGACCAGAGGUGACAACUGUGACUGGAGAAGCUCUCCGUACAUUUGUGUACCAUGAAAUUUUGAUCGGAUACCUGGAAUAUUGCAAAAAGCGGGGCUUUACAAGUUGUUAUGUAUGGGCUUGUCCUCCACUAAAGGAUGAAGAUUCUAUCUUAUAUUGCCAUCCAGAAAUCCAGAAGAUGCCAAAAUCUGAUAAACUUAGGGAAUGGUACUUAUCAAUGUUAAGAAAAGCUUCAAAGGAAAAUAUUGUUGUAGAUCUUACUAAUUUUUAUGACCAUUUCUUUGUAUCUACGGGUGAGUGUAAAGCUAAGGUAAUAGUUGCUCGGCUACCGUAUUUUGAUGGAGAUUAUUGGCCUGGGGCUGUGGAGGAUAUGAUAUACCAAUUGCAACAAGAGGAGGAUGGCAGAAAAUACUAUAAGAAGGGAACUAUAAAAAAGACCACAACAAAGAGAGCUCUAAAAUCAUCCGGUCAGACUGAUCUUUCUGGCAAUCCAUCAAGGGAUCUGCUACUAAUGCAUAAACUUGGAGAAACUAUAUGUUCAAUGACGGAGGAUUUUAUCAUGGUUCACUUACAACACGCUUGCACUCACUGCUGCGUUCUAAUGGUAUCUGGAAACCGAUGGGUCUGCAAUCAAUGCAAAAAUUUUCAGCUCUGUGACAGGUGUUAUGAAGCUGAGCAAAAACUUGAAGACAGAGAGAGACAUCCUAUCAACCAGAAAGACAAGCAUGCUCUUUAUCGAGUUGAAAUCAAUGAUGUACCAGUAGAUACCAAAGAUAAAGAUGAAAUCCUUGAGAGUGAGUUCUUUGACACCAGGCAGGCAUGUCUGAGUCUCUGUCAAGGAAAUCAUUAUCAGUAUGAUACCCUCCGCCAUGCUAAAUAUUCAUCCAUGAUGGUUCUUUACCAUCUUAACAAUCCAACUGCCCCAGCAUUCGUGACGACAUGCAAUAUAUGCUAUCUGGAUAUUGAAGCUGGUCAAGGCUGGCGCUGCGAAACUUGCCCAGAAUAUGAUGUAUGCAAUUCAUGUUACCAAAAAGAUGGUGGGAUUGAUCAUCCUCAUAAGUUGACCAAUCAUCCCUCCAUGGCUGAAUGUGACGCACAAAACAAAGGAGCAAGACAAAUGCGAGUCUUACAGCUUCGUAAAAUGCUUGACCUUCUGGUGCAUGCUUCUCAAUGCUGUUCUCCAUAAUGUCAAUACCUGAAUUGCCGCAAGGUUAAGGGUCUUUUCCGCCAUGGAAUACAGUGCAAAACACGUACCUCUGGAGGCUGUCUUCUCUGUAAGAGAAUGUGGUAUCUCCAUCAACUGCACGCCCCCCGUUGCAGAGAUUUGAAGGAGCACUUGAGAAGGCUACAACAGCAGUCUGAUUCCCGACACAGAGCUGCUGUGAUGGAAAUGAUGAGACAGCGUGCUGCAGAGGUUGCUGGUAAUGCUGGAUGAGCAAGUUAUACAUAAUGGAUGGAUACUUUGAAGAAAUACUUCUAAGAGCAAGGUAGAUUAAUUACGCAUCUUAAAGAGCUUAUUCUGUGGGUUGUUGAUAAAUUAACUGGACAAAGCUCCCAAGGCGAAAGAACUUAUAGGAGGUCGACUGGGCAUAUAAUUCUUUCAUACAUACCUCUCUGAAAAUUGUGUUGGGAGAUUGGAGUAUCUUUUUCUCCACUCUUUUGUUUCAUCUCUUCCCUAACCCUAUUUUCUGGGUGAACUUUGAUCUUUAAAUGUCUGUAGAUGGGCUUUGUUGCUUCUUUCUUUUUGUGUUUCUUUAAUAUAAAGGUUGGAAGACGCUAAAGCCUACGGCUGUUGCCUGUGGCUUCUGUUUACAACCCUUUGGAAUUGGAGGUAAAGUAAAUUCUUCAUAGGCAAUUUAUUUUUUCUUUAGAGUUGCAAAGGAGUAAAUGACUGAACGUGCAUGCGCAGGUGUGACCACGUUAGGAACAUAAAAUAUGUUCGCUGUUUAGGCCGUCUACCAUGUAAGAUAUGAUGCAUCAAAGGCUCAUGGAUACUCCUUGUAGUUAAAUUUUGUUUACUGGCUUAGCUUAUGCAGCCGAAUGUGGCUAUAUUACCUGUUGAAAUUAGUUUUAUUGUCCCAAGGAUCAUCACCAGUAAGUGGGUGUGCUGUAAGCAUUGCUCUUCAGAUGUCUCGAUUGUGAAGAAAAAAAAAAAAAGAAAAA